AGGGUCUUGUGUUCUUCAGUUUUGCCAGGUGGAUGUGGGAAGAGAAGUUUGUAGAACUGAAAUGGAGGUCAGAGCUUCAUUACAGAAGGUUAGUGGGUCAUCGGAUUCUGUGGCCACCGAGAACAGUGAAGAAUUUGUUCUGGUUCCUCAGCAUACAGAUGAUACUUCUACAAAGGAUGAUGGAAAGCCACGGCUGAAGAUAGCUUCCAAUGGUGAUGAACAGUUGGAAAAAGCCAUGGAAGAGAUUUUGAGAGAUUCUGAGAAAGGACAAAGCAGUCUACUUGUUGACUGUCAGGGUUCCAGUGAGACUUCAGACUACUCAUUUGGAGAUGUUCCAGCCAGCCAAACAAAUAAGCCAUCUCUUCAGCUAAUUUUGGAUCCAGCUAAUACUGAAAUUUCCAAACCCAGGCCGUCUUCUCCAAGUGGACUUCCUGAAGAAGACAGUGUUCUAUUUAACAAAUUGAUUUACUUAGGAUGUAUGAAAGUUUCUUCCCCACGUAGUGAAGUGGAGGCCUUACGGGCAAUGGCAACCAUGAGAGCUUCCAGUCAGUACCCCUUUGCUGUUACACUGUAUGUGCCCAAUGUUCCAGAAGGUUCUGUGAGAAUUAUAGACCAGUCAAGCAAUGUGGAGAGAGCAUCUUUCCCAAUUUAUAAGGUGCUAUUCUGUGCACGUGGGCAUGAUGGGACAACAGAGAGCAAUUGCUUUGCAUUUACAGAGAGUUCUCAUGGUUCAGAAGAAUUUCAGAUACAUGUUUUCUCCUGUGAAAUUAAAGAGGCAGUAAGCAGAAUUUUAUAUAGUUUCUGUACUGCAUUCAAACGUUCUUCCAGACAUGUGGCUGAUGUUAAAGAUUCUAUCAUCCCGACCCCGGACAGUGAUGUGUUUACCUUUAGUGUCUCCUUGGAGGUAAAAGAAGAUGAUGGAAAAGGAAACUUUAGUCCUGUGCCUAAGGAUAGAGAUAAAUUUUACUUCAAAAUAAAGCAAGGAGUAGAGAAGAAGGUUGUGAUUACUGUUCAGCAACUUUCUAACAAAGAAUUAGCUAUUGAGAGAUGUUUUGGAAUGUUAUUAAGCCCAGGUCGAAACGUGAAGAACAGUGACAUGCAUUUGCUGGAUAUGAAUGUUACAGAAAUGUGUCUGAGUAAGCAGAAAAUUCCUUACUUUGAAUCCAUGGGAAAGAGCUAUGAUGGCAGAGCUUAUGUCAUCACAGGCAUGUGGAACCCUAAUGCACCAAUAUUUCUGGCACUUAAUGAAGAAACCCCAAAAGAUAAAAGGGUGUAUAUGACUGUGGCAGUGGACAUGGUAGUCACAGAGGUGGUGGAGCCAGUCCGCUUUCUCCUGGAGACAGUAGUUCGUGUAUACCCUGCAAAUGAAAGAUUUUGGUAUUUCAGUAGGAAGACUUUUACAGAGACUUUCUUCAUGAGGUUGAAGCAGUCUGAGGGAAAAGGCCAUAGCAGUGCUGGAGAUGCAAUAUAUGAAGUGGUGAGUCUGCAGAGAGAAUCUGACAAGGAGGAGCCAGUCACUCCUACUAGCGGAGGGGGGCCAAUGUCACCCCAGGAGGAUGAAGCAGAAGAGGAGAGUGAUAAUGAACUCUCAAGUGGAACAGGCGAUGUGUCAAAAGACUGUCCUGAGAAGAUCCUCUAUUCUUGGGGAGAAUUGUUAGGAAGAUGGCACAAUAACCUUGGUGCCCGACCAAAAGGGCUAUCCACUUUGGUAAAGAGUGGUGUUCCUGAGGCAUUAAGAGCAGAAGUAUGGCAGCUAUUAGCAGGAUGCCAUGACAACCAGGCAAUGCUGGAUAGAUACCGAAUUCUUAUCACAAAGGACUCUGCACAAGAGAGUGUUAUUACUCGAGAUAUUCAUCGUACGUUUCCUGCACAUGAUUACUUCAAAGACACAGGAGGAGAUGGACAGGAAUCUCUCUACAAGAUCUGCAAGGCCUACUCAGUGUAUGAUGAAGACAUUGGGUACUGUCAAGGACAGUCUUUUCUUGCUGCUGUAUUGCUGUUGCAUAUGCCAGAGGAGCAAGCCUUCUGUGUUUUGGUGAAAAUCAUGUGUAACUAUGGAUUGCGAGAUUUGUACAAAAACAAUUUUGAAGAUCUUCAUUGCAAAUUCUAUCAACUUGAGAAACUAAUGCAGGAACAGCUGCCGGACCUGUACAACCAUUUUUGUGAUCUGAACCUGGAAGCUCAUAUGUACGCAUCCCAGUGGUUCCUCACUCUUUUUACUGCCAAGUUUCCUCUCUGCAUGGUGUUCCACAUCAUUGACCUACUGCUGUGUGAGGGUUUGAACAUAAUUUUUCAUGUAGCCUUGGCUCUCCUAAAGACCUCAAAGGAAGACCUCCUGCAGGCUGAUUUUGAAGGCGCUUUGAAAUUCUUCAGAGUUCAGCUUCCAAAGAGAUACCGGGCAGAGGAGAAUGCAAGAAGAUUGAUGGAGCAGGCUUGCAAUAUUAAAGUACCAACCAAAAAGCUGAAGAAAUAUGAAAAAGAAUAUCAGGCAAUGCGAGAGAAUCAGCUGCAACAGGAAGACCCAAUGGACAGAUACAAGAGGGAGAACCGAAGAUUACAGGAAGCCAGCAUGAGGUUGGAACAAGAGAAUGAUGACCUUGCCCAUGAACUAGUGACAAGCAAAAUUGCUCUGCGGAAUGACUUGGAUCAGGCAGAGGACAAGGCUGACGUGCUGAAUAAGGAGCUUCUCUUGACCAAGCAGAGGCUGGUGGAGACCGAGGAAGAGAAGAGGAAGCAAGAGGAGGAGACUGCCCAGCUAAAAGAAGUCUUCAGGAAACAGCUCGAAAAGGCAGAGUACGAGAUAAAGAAGACUACAGCUAUCAUUGCUGAGUAUAAACAGAUAUGUUCUCAGUUAAGUACCAGGCUGGAAAAACAGCAAGCAGCCAGCAAGGAGGAGCUGGAAGCAGUAAAGGGUAAGAUGAUGGCAUGCAAACACUGCAGUGACAUUUUCAGCAAGGAAGGAGCUUUAAAGCCAGCAGCCGUAAGUAGAGAGGACCAGGGAAUUGAAGCCGAUGAUGAGAAGGACUCACUUAAGAAGCAGCUAAGGGAGAUGGAGCUGGAACUGGCACAAACUAAACUGCAGCUAGUGGAAGCCAAGUGCAAAAUUCAGGAACUUGAGCAUCAGCGAGGAGCACUUAUGAAUGAAAUACAAGCUGCAAAAAACUCUUGGUUUAGCAAAACCCUGAACUCUAUCAAAACAGCCACAGGCACCCAGCCACUACAGCCACCACAGGCUCCCCAGCCACCCAAGGAGAGCACAUAGCUCCAGCCUCUGUGGAGCACAAGAGCACAAUGAUCAAAACAACAGUAACCAAGAAUUCUUCCUGUUGUCCCUUUGAAAGAAAGUAAAGGAGACCAGAAAGCAAGUUAGAAUCUUUAGUAGCUCUUUUGUGUGUGACAUUUUUCAAAGGGAUAUUUAAGCCGGCCUGAGUUAUGUUGACUGUCUUUCCCAGCUUCUUCAUGGGGAGUCACAUUCAGAUCCAUCAUAGUAUUACACAUUGUUUUAUAUGCCUGAAAUUUAGUUGGGAAUAAGUAAUCUAGAGCUAAAAAUGCUUUUGUUUAGAAUUAAUUAUUCAUAAUAAUUUUUAUCUCACACAAAAAUGGAGACAUGUUAUUUCAAGGUUAAAAUGGUAAGAUAUUUGUCACAAAAUUCUGUUUUUAAAAGGAAACUAAACCUCUAACUUUCUGGGAUUAUUCAGAUAAAGCACACUGUGGACUACACAUGACUACUGACAGGUUUCACACUGAAAGUGACUUCCAGAGUAGUGCUACACCUGUCCCAAGAAAAGAACAGACCAAGGGGUUGGCUUCAAAGUUUCCCCCUAAAUUAUUUUGAGUUGGCUACAUUUGUAAAUGGGGUGCCAAGAUCUAUGGAUGGGCUACUGCACUCUAGGUAAAUAGAGACUCCAGUAAAUGUGCAAUAAAGUCAUGUGGCUCUAGGGUUCCGCAGAUCCUUUAAGGACUCCACAUGGGGCUCAUUCUCCUGAUGUGCCUUUGUGUGAACACAGAGGUGACUUAUGACUAAUGUAACUUUAAAGAUGAUGGAUAGUGUAAGUUGCAGACUUAGGGACCUCUCACUGAAGUAAUCUAAAAAGGUCCAUGUUAGGCAUUGUACUUUGAGUGGAACAGUGAUGAGUCAUUCAUUGGAUGCUGACAAACUUGUUAAGGCAAACCCUGAUGUUCUGUACUUUAUUAAAGGCUGAGAUAUUGCCAAGGAAGUUGAAGAGAGCUUCCUAGCACCUUAGUGUUAGGCAGCUUUCCUAACUUCUCCCUUACCCUGAAACAGUGUGCCCUGCACACCUGGGAAGAAAGAAAAACAAGUGCGUUUUCACAUUUUUGAUUGACUAAACCUUUAUAGAAAUACUUAACUUAUGGAAGGGUAAGGUUACUGUUAAAAAUUGGUGCAAAUAUUUUUCCAAUUAUAUUUGACAUGCCUGUAUAAAUAGCCCUUACAAGAAAUUCUUUGGUAAGAACAAAACUAAUUUUUUUUUCCAUUUUCUAAGCUACUAUGGAAGUCUCUGGUUCCUUUACAGCAACCAAACUACUGUCAGUCAUGUACAGUACAUUUAUUUAUAUUCAUCUUUGGCUUCAUCGUUAAGCAUAGUGUUUCCAAAGUAUCUUAAAUUGUGUAGUGCCAGAGCAGUUUCCUCUGUGCCAUAUGUUGUAACUGUAAUAAUACACUCUAAGAGGUAAGCCUCAGACAGAGCACGGUCCCCCCACCUUCAGGUUGUUCAUGAUAGAGCCUUUCCUCGAAAAUCACUUUUGAUUUCUAAUAAGUGAAGUUUCUUUAUCUCUAGAUGUCUCUAUCAUCUACAGGCCAUAAAACUGAUAUGGUUGUUUGAUAUGUUACACUUACCAAACAAUACUCUCCAUAUAGAAAUUUCGGUUUUAGUUCUGGUGUCUUUCAUCAGAUGAUUUAUUUCUUUUUAUUAAAAGGCAAUAACCCAGAACUCUAGUUAUCUCUGUUGACUUAACAUUCCUUAUAUGGUGGUUUAGAUGAGCUAUUUUUUUCUAUUUUUUCGUGCUGCCAGGUAGCUUUAUUGAUACUGUGCACUAUGACUUCAGAAGCCCUGAACAAGUCACUUUUUCAAAUGGCCAGCUAAAUUAAGGUGCACUUUUGUGAACUUGUAAUACCAUUCACAGCUCUUUUUAACUUCUGAAAAUAAACACAUUCCAUAGAAUACCUAAGUUGCAUAAAUUUCAUAAGUGGUGAAUGAGGGAAACAGAAUGGCUCUAGAUCAAGUAUCUGUUCAGGUUCAUGGCCCCUUUGCUUUUUCUCUUUAAACAAAAUUAGCAGGAGCAUAUGUUUUAAGAGUUAAAUAUAUCUAUCUUUUGAGUUUUCAUUUAGCUCUUACAAAAGACAUAAUGGCAGUAUAUAAUCUUUUUUGUUUUCCAGUACCAUACGAUACUUGGGCAUGUAUAUUGGUAUUUUGGUAUUAUGUUUAAAUUGCCUACAUUACACCAUCUUUGAGUUAGUAGCAGAAGUAAAGAUUGGAAAGAAAAUUCACAGUUAAUUUGUGAUUUCUUGUUCACUAUUUCACCUUAGCAAUGCUGCAAACCAUACAUUCCUCACCAUUGCUUAAGAACUCCAGAAUGCCAACAUAAAGCAAGUUCUCAUCAUAAUUUCACUUACUUUUUUUAUAUAUAUUUGAGAAUUGCAACUUUUUUUCUUGAGAUAGGUCCUACUAUGUAGUCCAAUCUAGCCUUGAACUUAAAACCUUCCUACUUUAGCCUUCUAAGCACUGAGAUUAUUUAUAGGUAGGCACCAUAACAGCUAAAAUUAUUCUCUUGAAUUCCUUAUAGAAUAAAGAUAAACCAGCCAAAUAUACAAGAUACCUUUCAAAAAUGGUACUUUUUUCAUCCUUUCCUAAGAUUUACAUGAUGGAAAACACUCCUCUAAAAUGCUAAUAUUUAUAGCAUCUGCAAGUGAUCAUUUCUCUUUUCAUUAAGUUCUACAAUCUAUAAUGAAGAUUCAACUCAUUCAUUAGCUUUUAUAACUUGAUGGUCUCAUUUAGUGUAUUCUCAAAAGCUGGAAGACACCACACUGGAUUUUGGAAUGCCAGAAAAACAAUUUGGUUAUUUUUAGUACAUAUAAUUUAAUGCAAAGGAAUUCUUGGUUCACUACACUUCAGUAUAUGAAUCCAUAUCAGAAACAGUAAUAGGAAUGCCACAUAGGCCUGCAGCCUAUAUUUUCAUACAGUAUCUGUCAUCCCUUCACCAUCUGUUAAAUUAGUAAUUUCUUUUUCUUUGGCUUUCUUGAAUUUACCUGAUAAAGUUGAAAAGUCCCCUUUGUACUGAUGAUGAGAGUUCAGUUUUUGUUUCAUUUGUUUUUAAAAUGUUUACUUUUUUCCUACAGUAUAUAUUUAUUUUUCUCCAACCCCUACUCCAUUUCAACCAUUUUCCAGUUAGUAACUAGUGGUUUCAUUUCUUAGCUAAAGUAAAAACAAAAAAACAAACAAACAAGAAAACCAAAAAUAACUGAAACAAUACACAGGUGAGAGGGCUCAGCAGAUGGAAACUUAGAACUUUAAAGUAAUCUCCUAGGUCAGUGUCAGUGUCAGUUGUGGUGAUACACACCCACAAUCUCUGCACUCAGGAGGCUGAAGCACAGGCAUGCCUGUGAGGUCAAGGCAAGCAUGGGUUACACAGUGAGUUCCAAGCUAGCCAGGAUUACAUAGCAAGGCCCUGUUUAAAAAAAAAA